GGCUUCGCGAAGGAGAGCCGGCGCAUCGGCGCCUCGUCGCCGACCCGCCGGCAGGUGUACUUCGCGCAGGCGCAGGUCCAGAGAUUUAACUUCGAGACCGGCGACGUCAUCGCCGUGUUGGCGAGGCCGCCGAAGGCCGCCGAGGAGUCCUGGGCCGUCCUGCGGGUGCUGACCUGGAGCAUCAGCGGUGCCGAGGGCCGGUGCACCGGCCGCGACACCUUCAGCUUGCAUUCGAGCUCGCCGCACGACCGGGCGCCGGAGCCGAAGGUGCGGGAGGUCGCUCAGGACCAGAGGCCCGCCGGAACCCAGGGCCUCCCGCCGGUGCCCGCAAGCAACCCCCCGCCGCCCACCCAGCCGCCGCGCGGGCCGCCGCCCAGCGAGCAGCCACCCGCCGCCACGGAGCCGCCGCCCGCCCCAGAGCAGGACGCGGCGCUCGUGGCCCGGGUGGAGGGCCUGCAGCGGCGGGUGGCGCAGCUGGAAGCCGAGCUGGCCGUGGUGCGGCCGCGGGACGGUCCGCUGCUGGACCCCUUCACCGGCGUGUCAUGCCGCAUGUAUCAAGCCACGGCAGGUGGCUACCUCUCCCUCGACCGCCCGACAGCCAUCCACGUCACGCACUGCCAGACCGAGGUCGGCGCGCAGCAGGACGUGAACUCCGAGAUGCCUGGGUCAAUCCUGUGGUUUUUCGGCUACGAGGUGGAGGAC